AUGAAGCUCCUCCCAGUGCUCGUCGCCCCGCUGGCACUCAGCCUUUGUGCCAGCGCACAGUACUUUUCCGAGGGCUGGAAGCCUGGUCAGCCCGUUACAUACGAAGCCGUGCCGACCGCGGUGAAUGGUCAAGCUGCACCUGCGCCGACAAGCAAUGGCCGCGCUCGGUUCAGCUUUUCGGACAUCCUCACGUCAGGGCCCAUUGGCUCUGCGAUGGGAAAGCUCGGCGUGAACCUGACCGAGAAGUGGGAGAAGGCGAAGGCAGAGGCGGACGCGGAAAUAUGGGACACUCGUAUACCGCUCAUCACGGAUGAUAAUUACGAUGACCUGAUUGUCAACGAGCCUCUCGGUCCUGAGGAGGAGGACAGCAGAGUCUGGUUUAUGAUUAUUUCUGCUUCCAAGGGGGGGAAGAAUGCCUUCUCCAUGCAGGCCGACGACCAUUUUGACAAGGCUUUCGACAAGUCACUAGUUGAAAGUGACCUUCCCAAUGUCCGAUUUGCUCGUGUCGACUACCUGAACGUCACAUACCUCACGACGAAGUGGGGUAUCUGGCAAGCGCCUUACCUCCUUGUAUUGACCGACCGCGGCCAGACUAUGCGCUUCUACAAGGCCAACACUGUCAGACUCGACCCAGACCUUAUUCACCAGUUCCUGAAGGAAGAGGGCUGGCGGGAAGGUGAGCCCUGGAUCAGCCCUUUCGCCCCCGGCGGACAAUGGGAAUACAUAAUGCAUUACUAUGCUCUUUCAUUACGAUGGGUUUAUGACUUCUUGAUGAAGUUCCCCCGAUGGGUCCUCAUGAUUGCGUCGGCGGGUAUCGCGAACCUUGUCAUGAAGUUCAUGCAUUCAAACGCUGGCACCGACCGCCCGCAACCACGACCGGUAGAGCCUGAGCCUACCGCUGUCCCUGCUCCCGCGCCUGCCGAGAAGGAGACCCCUGCGACGCCGGAGAAGGAGAAAACUAACAGCUCGCCAGCGAAGGGAAAGGGCAGACAGCGGAAGAACGCGAGGAAAUAG